AUGGUGGCUAAAACCCUAGCACUGUUCAUAACAUGCACCUUAUUCUUCUGCCAUGUGGUAGUUUCCUUAGAGGACCUCACCAUACGCCAAGUCACAGAGGACCGAAGAGUACUUCCCAAUCUCCUUGGAACCCACACAGAGACCAAAUUCCGGGUUUUCAUGUCGGAACACGGCAAGAGCUACGCCACGAGGGAUGAGUACGUCCACCGCCUCGGAAUAUUCUCUAGAAACGUCCUCAAGGCGGCGGAGCACCAGAUGAUGGACCCCACCGCGGUCCACGGAGUCACGCGGUUCUCUGAUCUCACGGAAGAUGAGUUUAAGAAGAUGUACACCGGAGUCGCGGAGGUUGGCGGCCGCCGUGGCGGUGCGGUUGGAGCGGUGAGGACGGAGGCGGCCCUGUUGGAGGUUGAGGGAUUGCCAGAAGAUUUUGAUUGGAGGGAGAAAGGUGCAGUUACUGAGGUCAAGGAUCAAGGUAAAUGUGGAUCGUGCUGGGCUUUUAGCACAACAGGAGCAGUUGAAGGAGCCCAUUUUGUCUCCACCGGGGAGCUUGUUAGUCUUAGCGAACAACAACUCGUGGAUUGUGAUAAAGCGUGCGAUCCAAAGGACAAGAAAGCGUGCGACAGUGGAUGUGGUGGGGGACUGAUGACAAAUGCCUACGAGUAUUUGAUGGAGGCAGGAGGCUUAGAAGAGGAAAAAUCAUAUCCUUACACCGGUAAACGAGGCCAUUGCAAGUUCGAUCCUAAUAAGAUUGCAGUAAAAGUAGUGAACUUCACCAAUAUACCAUUGGAUGAGAACCAAAUCACAGCAAAUUUAGUACAACAUGGUCCCUUAGCAGUGGGAGUAAACGCAGUGUUCAUGCAAACGUAUAUAGGAGGAGUGUCGUGUCCGCUUAUAUGCAGCAAGAGAAAGGUUAACCACGGGGUACUUCUUGUUGGGUACGGAUCAAAAGGGUUUUCACUUUUACGGCUUAGUAACAAACCGUAUUGGAUUAUCAAGAACUCGUGGGGGAAGAAGUGGGGAGAGAAUGGGUACUACAAGCUUUGUCGUGGCCACAAUAUGUGCGGGAUUAACUCUAUGGUUUCUGCAGUGGCUACCCAAGUUUCAUCCUAG